AUGACUUUUAACAUCGAGUUUGAGUCUGCCGAAGAGAAAGGUGCCUUUAGUCAUCAUUUAGAAGAUUUUCAAUCCUUGCUAUCUAAGAACAAGCUAGAUAGCUUUGGUCUGUUGACAGCCAUGUUUAAUUUUAUAGUUUUAAUUGAUGAUUUCCUAGCUGGCAAGGCUCCUCUUUCGGUUGCCAUUAGAUUAGGUGAAUCAGUAGUUGUCGUAAACUUGAAUCGUGCCAAAGUAGAGGAGGUUGAUGUUGAGCCCUCUCAACCUGAACACAAGAAAAGGAAAUCCUCUUCAGGUAGUGCUAGAACACACUCACCCCAACAGACCUGCUGCUCUAAUCCUUUCCCCUCCUCCUCUUCCUCUGAUCUCAGUCCUACCUCACCGCUAAACUCCAACCCUCACUGGAGCUCAAACACCUCCUGUCCCUCUGUAUCCCCCACUGUCACUCCUCCAUGUGCCAUGGUACCUACCAUUAGGAGUAUAGUACCGGUCGGUACUCCUGCCCUUAGUGAUCAUGGAGGUUCUUCAACACAGACACUGGGAAAGUCCCUGUCUCCAGCGGAUCUAUUGAUACAUGAAGCAUCAGCUCUGCCCACCAAGAGACACAGAAGGAGGGACAUGAUUGAUCACUCCUCGUCCUCUCUCCUUCCUCCUCCUCCUCCUAGUUCUUCACUUCCUCCCUCAGGCUACUCAACCUCUCCUCUUGUCAACACUUCAUCCCCUCCCUGUCUCUCUCCUUCCUCCUCUUCUUCAUGGCCGAUCAAAAAAGCCAUGAGGAGGUCUACCGGUUCUCGUCCGUCAAAAACCAGUGGAGUAGGAGGUAGUAACAAACUCUCACUGAGUCAGUCUGAGUGGGAGGAGCUACGCCGACUGAAUAAAGAGAUCCCCAU